AUGGAUACUUCAAACUCUAUACUCGAUGCUUUAAUGCUUCAGGUUGAAGCAGAGUCUGGAACUCCCACCCAACCAUCACCUCACACCCCAGGCCCCCUCAUCAGUGAGGUUCCGGCUGGAGAAGAGCAGAGAGAGAUUUCCCAUGGGACCAGGCUGACUGAGAACACCACGAACCAUACUGCCGAUCAUGGAAGUAUGGAUAUUGAUUCAACUGUCGCUCCCACUCAGGUUUUGAACGACAACUACGGUGCUACUCAGCCCGAUCAGAUCGAUCAUUUAGGCUCACAUGAUACAUUAACAUCUACGACAGCCGUGACCGAGACAAUUGUACAUCAACCUAGCGAGAUAAAACCCGAUGAUAUUGACAAGGACGUCGUCUCGAUGGAGACAGGAUCAGUGGCAGGGAAAGAGGAAGGAAACAACAUGUCUGCGGAAAGUAAUCAACACACUGCAGAGCCUCCUUCUAUAAGAACCAAUGCAGCGUCGGAAGAUUCAAAUACACAAGUACCAGAGGACAUGUCGGCUAUAUCAGAUGCCUCCGCACUGAAUGUGGAUGCUAUCCCCCCCGAUAACACAAUCAUACCCGGUUUGAGUACCGAAGGAGCAGAGUGGGAAAUUGAUUCGUCGCCUUAUGAAUCCUCUGACUCUGACUCUUCGUCCGACACCACAUCGGACGAUGACAGCGAUGACGACGAUGCUGAUGGUGACUAUGCAAUGCUUGACCCGGAAGAGGCAGCGCGUAUAUUGAUGCAGGGAGAUGGUGGUUCAGACGACGAGGGAGGCAAGUCUAAGGAUAAGUCCGGAGGAGCUGGUGCUCUGCGAACGGCGAAUGAGAAGCCUGAGGAAAUAGUUCCCAAACCUGAUAUCACCAUCACCGAAGACAUGAAAAUCGAAGAACUUGGGAAUGUCGAAUUUGUGGUCGAGAACACAAUUCUCAUCAAAGCAAAGACCUCUGGCGAGUAUCAAGUUCUUGAGACAGGUUCCCUUAUAUGUUUGAAAGAUAGAAGUGUUAUUGGAGUGGUGGCCGACUUAAUAGGAAGAGUUGAAGAGCCAAGGUACACCGUGCGUUUCACCAACGAAAAAGAUAUUGUGGAAGCUGGUGUCUCUGAGGUCGGAACUACGAUAUUUUACGUUCCACAGCACUCGACAUUUGUCUUUACACAACCAUUGAAGAGUGUCAAAGGCAGUGAUGCGUCCAAUUUUCAUGAUGAGGAAGUUGGUGAUGAUGAGAUGGAGUUCUCAGAUGACGAGGCCGAGGCUGAGCACAAACGACAGGUAAAGCUCCGCAGGCAAGGUCGUACCGCGGAAAUCGGCCGAGGUCGCGGUGGUUCGAAGUUCUCAAAAGGUCCGCAUCGUGGUGGUCGUGGUGGGCAACAAGGACCAUCUUCGAGAUUUGGGCCUCGAGAUCUGGAUUCACCCGAGAUGAACUACGACGAUGUGGCAGAUGGUGCAGAAGAUGAUUAUACUCCACUCCAGCGGCCAGACAAUCUAUCAGACCUACUCGCAAAUGGACCUCCGCCUCUGACACAUCCGUUGCCGCCACCACCUUCCAUACCGGGCAACAGAGGCGACUUCGGUGAUCGGAGCAGAGGCCAUGGUAGAGGAGGAAGAGGAGGCAAUCGUCCACAUCGAGGACGUGGCGGUUUCAACCAAGGCAACUCUUCCACCUGGACUCGCCCUAACAAUAUGUCUUACCAACCCAACACCAAUGCUGGCUACCCACAACAAACAGGGGCAGUGCCACAAGCACCGCAGCUCAAUCUCCCCAACACUCCUUCCAUAACACCGUAUAACGUCACCUACCCUCCUAUGUCUCCUUCUCCCAUCACACCGCUGCCGAAUUCAUCCUUCAAUUUCGGCGGCUAUCAGCCUCCUGCAAACUUCGCCUUUCCUCAGCCUCCUCCAAAUUUCCCAUUUCCAAAUCCAAACAUACCAGGAAUGAGUAUGCCUCCAAUGCCAAAUUUCCAGCACCAAUACAAUCCUCAGGCCAACCUGCAAAAUCUAAAUCCAGGCCCAGCACCCGACCAGGGCAAUCUACAAGCAGGCCCGUGGGCCAGCAAUCCCGCCUUCAUGGCGGAAUUUCAAAGACAGGUUGAGGAGCAGAGAAGGCAUCAGGGCCAGGGGCAGAACUAG